AUGUUUCCACUGCUGCUGCUGGCCUACGUCGUGGCUGUUAAAGUUUUUAAAAAGACAACACCAAAUGGAAAAGUUACAGUCUACCUUGGCAAAAGAGACUUUAUUGAUCAUCUUGAGUUUGUAGAUCCAAUUGAUGGUGUAGUUGUUGUUGAAAAUGAUUAUCUCCAAGGACGUAGAGUUUAUGGCCAAGUUAUUACAACAUUCCGAUAUGGUCGGGAGGAAGAUGAAGUCAUGGGAGUCAAAUUCAGCAAGGAAAUGAUUAUUGCUAAAGAUCAAAUAAUACCGAUGAAGAAAGAAAAACAAGAGACAACACCAAUUCAAGACCGUUUGCUUAAAAAAUUAGGUCCGAAUGCUUUUCCAUUUAAUUUUGUUUUCCCACCCAGCUCUCCAAGCUCCGUAACACUGCAACCUGGUGACGAUGAUCAAGGAAAACCGCUUGGAGUUGAGUACACGGUUAAAGUAUUUGUCGGUGAAAAUGAAGAGGACAAAGGACACAAACGUUCAUCGGUAGCUCUAGCGAUUAAAAAACUUCAGUUUGCUCCAAUUUCACGUGGACGCAGACUUCCAAGCUCUCUGGUAUCCAAAGGCUUUACAUUCUCCAAUGGUAAACUAAAUCUUGAAGUUACACUUGACAGAGAAAUUUACUAUCACGGUGAAAAAAUAGCUGCUAAUGUUAUCGUUACCAACAACUCACGUAAAGCAGUUAAAAAUAUUAAGCUAUUUGUAGUGCAGCACUGUGAAGUAACAAUGGUAAACUCUCAGUUUUCUCGGAAUGUAGCAAGUCUGGAAACGCGCGAAGGUUGUCCAAUAACACCCGGAGCUAAUUUUACAAAACAAUUUUAUCUUGUGCCUUUGGCCAGCAGUAAUAAAGAUCGCCGUGGAAUCGCACUUGACGGACAUCUUAAAGAAGAUGAUGUAAAUUUGGCGUCUUCAACAAUGGCAGCUGAGGGUAAAUGUCCCGCAGAAUCUCUAGGUAUAAUAAUUUCAUACUCAAUACGUGUUAAAUUAAAUUGCGGAACAUUGGGCGGUGAAUUGAUAACCGACGUGCCAUUCAAACUGAUGCACCCAGCGCCAGAAAAUGCCGAAAGGGAAAAAGCAAAUCUCAAAAAAUCAAAAAGUAUCGACCGUGCACGUUAUGAAAAUUCAUGCUACGCAAAUGACGACGAUGACAAUAUCGUCUUUGAAGAUUUUGCACGAUUACGUCUCAACGAGCCUGAAUAAAUUUUAUUAGGUAAUUUAAUAACAACUGUACUUUAAUGCUGGUGCUAUCUAAUUACUCUGAAAGGGAACAAUUACUCUCAAUUAGU